AUGUCGCUGGCGUUGCAAGAGGAGCUUGUACCGGGUCGAGACACGAGUUCAGACUCACCAAGAUCGUCACAGGAGCAACGGUGCUACUCAUCGCCAACGUCCGUGGAAAGCUACAACAAGAAGCAGGCAGGGCGGGAAAUGCUGGAACAUGCCGUAGAUCCGCUGGACGGGUCUGUACCGCCAAGAUUACAUCCAUUGCCCAAAGGAAGUAUCGGCCCGUCCAAUGCUUCGUCAUUGCUGGGCGAGACGUGGCACAAAUUCAAGCUGGAUAAUGAGAAAAAAGUAGCUGCGGCAGGCUCCGCAGAUGUGGCGCACGACCCACACGACCCACACGACCUACACGAUACUCAAGAGCGUGAAAGCGUGCUGGAUCGUAACAGUGUAAUAGAAAACGGAUCUUUCAUUCAGGGUCUAGACGAUGAAAAAGUGCUACUUAACGGCGUGACGUCGCGUAGAAAACCUUCCAGAAGAUCAACUCAGGACUCAAACCACUCGCUCCGUCAAUUCCCAUUCGAUUCGGGCAAGCAUGCCAAAAUCGUGCCUGCUCCUUCUCCCACGGAAGAAUCACCGGAAUCAGGCGUUGUCACGGCACAGGCGAAUCAAGCGGUUAAUGCAGAGCAUGAAGACGCUGAAAUAGAAGAGAUAGCCACCCUUUUGCGGGAUUCGCAUUCACGUGCCACCUCCGUUCACUCUUUUAACGUUAGUCACAGACCGGGCCCUGUGAAUGAUGGCUCUUUGAAACGCUCAGAAUCUGCUACGGCUGAAAUUAAGAAAAUGCGCGAAGCGUUGUUGCAAAAACGAGAAAUGCGCAAGAAACAGCAAAAUUUUUUGGACGACGACAGAGUACUGAUAGGGAAUAAAGUCAGCGAAGGACACGUUAAUUUCACCAUCGCUUACAAUAUGCUUACGGGAAUCAGGGUAGCAGUAUCUCGAUGUUCUGGCAUCAUGAAACCACUCACCCCACGCGAUUUUCGCCAAACCAAAAAAUUGGCAUUUGACUUUCACAGAAAUGAGCUCACCCCGAGCUCUCAAUACGCAUUCAAGUUCAAGGACUACUGUCCCGAGGUAUUCAGGGAAUUGCGGGCGCUGUUUGGUCUCGACCCUGCCGAUUACUUGAUGUCUCUAACGUCCAAGUACAUUCUUAGCGAACUUAACUCGCCGGGGAAAAGCGGGUCGUUCUUCUACUUCAGCAGAGACUACAAAUACAUCAUCAAGACCAUUCAUCAUGCAGAGCAUUUGCAUCUAAGGAGAACUUUGAGGGAGUAUUACACCCAUAUAAAGGAAAAUCCAGAUACCCUAGUUUCUCAAUUUUACGGUCUGCAUCGAGUCAAAAUGCCAAUCUCUUUCAAAAGUAAAAUCAAACAUCGAAAAAUCUAUUUCCUGGUGAUGAACAAUUUGUUCCCGCCUCAUUUGGAAAUACACACAACUUUUGAUUUGAAAGGCUCUACUUGGGGGCGGUACACAAAAGUAAAUGAUUCGGAGUCUUCAGACCAAGAUGAAACCCAUAGGCCGGUAUUAAAGGAUCUGAAUUGGUUACAAGAGCAGCGCAACAUACGCUUUGGUCCUCUGAAAAAGAAAAAGUUUCUACAACAGCUCGAAAAAGAUGUGGAUCUACUUACGCGCUUGAAUAUCAUGGAUUACUCACUUCUGCUGGGCAUCCACGAUAUGGAGAAGGGCAAUGACCUCAUUGACGAACGCAAUGUUUUGGCCAAAUUCAGCCCCUAUCAAAGCGAGCUCCAGGAGGUGAAGCGUAAAUCAAUGGCAGACCAACAAGUGCGCCAAAAAUCGACCGUUGCGGUACGGCAUUUUUUCCAGCAGGACGAAGGGGGGAUUCGUGCGUCGGACCAAUUCAACAACGACCUGAACACUAUCUACUAUGUGGGAAUCAUCGAUUGUUUGACGAAUUAUUCUUUGCUAAAGAAAUUGGAAACUUUUUGGCGCGGUUUGAGCCACGAUUUGAAGGUGAUUAGCGCUGUACCUCCACGAGACUAUGGUGACCGAUUUUAUGACUUCAUGGAAGCGUCGGUCAAUAGGGUUCCUCAAAAGAGAUACAAGGACAAUCCUGAUGCCAUGAACUUCAGUGACAACCCUGCAAUUGAGGUGAUGAAUGACAGAGUUGAAAAUUGA